AUGAAAUCCGUGUAUCCUACCAUCAAUGCCUCGACUACCUUGAAGCAAACUGCAAAGGGAAAGGUGGUAAUGAUCACCGGAGCUGGCCGUGGCCUCGAGGUUAACCUCAAAGGCGUCUACCUCUUUUCGCGCCAAGUCUUACCUAUUAUGCUGGCCCAAGGUGCCGGUCAUAUUAUCAUCACGGCAUCUCGGGCGGCGACGCGCUCAGAUGAAAAGAUGUCCAGCUACAAGAUCUCGAAGCUGGCUGCUACGCGCCUCUGCGAAUGUAUCCAUACAGAGAACCACGAAAUGGGCAUCCAGUCUUUCGCCAUCCAUCCGAGGGGUAUUGUGACACGACUGCUGACGGAUUUGGAGACCAAAGAGACCAAACCUUGGGCGUCCGUGGCAGUGAAGACCAUCCGGCCUAAGCUGCGCGAGGAAAUAUCCUUACCAGGUAAUUCGUGUGUACUUCUCGCAUCAGGGCAAGUGGAAUUUCUGAGUGGGAGAUAUGCAGACUUGACGAUAAGCUUUGACUACAUUAUACAAGAGCAGAAGACAAUUGAGGAGCAUGACCUAUUCAACAAAUCAUCAGCAUAG